AUGGCGGAUCUGACCAAGAAGCUGCCCUUCAAGCCUACAGCGCUGCGGAACGCACGACCAAAGCCCACGCCGAGCAGCAGCACCGAGGAUGACGCCCUGCAGGCCUCGGCGGCCGCAGGCUACGGCAGAAGCGACGACGGCGACGACAAGCAGGACACACUGGCCAUGUUUCGCCGCGCCAAGGAGAUGGCGCCCAUCAUCGAGGCGGAUCGCGAGCGGCGCAUGCGCAGGCAGCAGCAGAAGCAGCAGCAGGAGCAGGAGGCGGAGCGCAGGCGGGUGUCGGCGGGCAGCAAGCAUUCGCUAGUCGCCGAGGGCGACGACGUUGCCGGUGCCGGUGCUGGCGCUGAGGCGGCAAAGACUACUACGACGCCGACGCCGACGGCUACACAGACAUCAUCGUCGAUGCCCGAGGACGUCAUCAUGGCCACGCAGGAAGAGGACAACCGAGAACUCGUCACGCCGCCGCCUUCGAAACGCUCUCGGCGCGACACGUCGGGCUCGUCGACAAGGCACAAGGACGUCGAUCUCAAUAGCAACAACAAUACAGAAUCAGCGCCCGACUCGCCGACUAUGCGUGCCAUGCGCUCCCUGGCCCCAGAUCGCUCCAUCACGCCCGCCCUCUACAACACAUCCCUGUAUAGUAGUGGCGGUAUCGCGUCGGCAUCUACCAUAUACAAGACACGAUCACAGACCCGAGAGGGAGUCGCGCCGCCGCUGCCGCCGGGAUCACAAGUUAUCCAGCUCGAUUCGGACUCUGAGCCGGAAACGACUACCCCUGCUGCUGCUGCUGCUGCUGCUGCCGCCGCCGCACCGGUGGAGAUCAUCGAUCAAGCCCUGACGCUGGACCUCGACCUCAACGCCGACGCGCCCGAGGACGACGACGAAUUUGCCGAAUACGUCCGCAAGGCGCAAGAGGAGCGCGACAAGCUCCUCUUGCAAAAAGAGCAAGAGGCGAUCGCCGCUGGGACGAUAACACCAACACCCACGCCAGCGUCGCAACCCCCUCCAACGGGGCUGUCCUCGCCCGCGCCGGCGAGCCAGACUGCGGCGGCGGCCGCCGCUGCUUCUGCUGCCACGCAAUCCAUUGCCCUGAUCAUCACGUCCGACAUUCCCGACUCGCACAUGUGCCUCGUCAAGUUUCGCUUCGACCGGCCACUGCGCGUGGUGCGCGACAGCUGGACCGCGUUGCAGCACAAGCACGGCGUGCCCCUGCGCGGCCUCCUCGACCGCGACGACGACGUCAUCCUCACCUGGCGGCGCAAAAAGGUCUACAUGACCUCUACCCUGCUCAGCCUCGGCAUCCGCCCCAGCGACGACGGCAGCGGCGCCGCCCUCGUCGACGGCUACUCGCGCGACGGCUUUAACGAGAGCCGCACGCGCGUCCACAUGCAGGCCUGGACGCCCGCGCUCUUUGCGCAGAUGGAGCGCGACGAGGAGGAGGCGGCGCGUCGACGGCGAUCCCACGACGACGACGAUGACAACGCCGCCGCCGCCGGAAGCACGCAAGGGACCGCGGCUGGAGAAGGAGAGAAUGCGACGGCGGCGGCAGAAGAGGAGGGGGAGGAGGAAGAGGUGCAGUUGAGGAUUAUUCUGAAAUCAAGAGACAAAGACCCCGUCAAGCUCAGGGUCCGCCCCGAGACGACGACGGAGACGCUGGUGGCGGCGUUUUGCGCGCAGAGGGCGGUGCCCGACGGCGCGGACGUGGGGCUGUGGUUUGACGGCAUGAGGCUGGCCAGCGGCGCGACGAUGGAGGACGCGGACAUUGACGACAUGGAUACGAUUGAGGUGCACGUUAGAUGA